AUGCCUUGCGCCGACAACAAGGCCGCCGCCGCCGCCGCCAGGCGGGCUUCUCUAGACGCCCAUUCCGAGACCGGCUCCUCCGAGUCCCUCACUCCCCACGCCGUCAACAUGGAGGAAAACCAUCGACGCAUCGAUGUCAACGCCGCCAAGAAUGCCAACGUCCACCGCGAUCCCGGUCCGCUCGAUUUCGCCCUGACCGUCCUCCGAUCCUGCCCUCUCUACGACACCAUCGCCAUCCUCAUCAUCCUCAUGCAGCUCUCACCCGUCGCCCUCUCGGGCAUCUACAUGCUGUUCACCCUCCUCACCUUUGUCCCGCCCGUGACGACCAGCUCUGGCCUGAGCCUGACCGAUAUCUUCGAGGGCACUUUGGGUACGCCGUCGCUGACGACCCUGGCCUGCAUGGAUAUCGUUGUUCUCCUGGUGUGGCUGUUCCUGUGGGGGCCGUUGCAGAACCUGAUCCUCGAUUUUGCACAAAUAGUCAUCGCGUUGACUCUCGGUGGCGGUGCUACGUCCAGAAACGGGUCCGGCAACAAUGUCUUUCUCUGCAUGAGCAUCGUCAUCCUCUCCCAUUUCGGCAAACAUGCCGGAAUCCAUAAGCUGUCUCAACUCGGCGCGCUUCUCGGGUCGGAUCGAUUUGGGUCUCCGGACAAGGACGACCCGCUCGAACCUGUGGCGAGGGCUUUUGGCAAGAGAGAGGCAUAUUCAUGGAUUAGGAAUUCUUUCGCGAUACAUAUUUUGACACAGGGUGUUGUGCGGUACAUUAGAGAGUGGUACCUCCGGCGCGAGGGACUCUCACAAAAUCAUCUCGACCCAGAGGCCGGUAAAGUGCUGUUCCCCGAAAAUCCGGGGGACGCCCCAGAGGCCGACACCAGCUUGCAGACCAACUCCUCGAAUCUCUCUAGCAAGAAGAGGAGGAAGCAAAGUGCGCAAGUAAGGAUACGACAGCCCCUCUGGGCGGCUCUGGCGAGCACCAAAAUCGUCAUGGUCAAAGAAUAUGAAUUGUCACAUGCAGCUUCUGAGUCUGCCGGCUCCAACGCCACCGACGUCGACAAUCUCGGCAACGCGCCUUUCAAUACGCAGCCCGAACAAGUCUGGAUCUGCUACGUUGGCUCGGACGAGGUCUGCUUCAACACCAGCCACUUCCCCGACCCUCCGGCGUCGGAAGAGUGCCAGGAGUCCAACAUACCAGGCAGCGCUACCUGGAUCGACACAAGCAAGCCGUUCUACGUCAGGGUGAACCACGCCAUCUGGCAGCCCACUCGGAUCCUUCCCAUCGAUGACGGCAACGAGGAUAACUCGUCUGGCACUCGGUGGACUGGCGACAUCUACGGCCUGACCCCCAUGUCCAGCUACGAAUGCGAGUUUGUCAGCACCCGCACUGGGGCUGUGCUCUUCUCGACCAGCGUCAGGACCAUCCAGGCCAAGACGAGGGAUGCCGAUCCGACCAAGGCCGCGAGCAACCAGCGUCGCCGUCACGAGUCCCCAGCCACGACCAUCAAGGCGUCGAUCGCCGCCCAAGAAGCCAAGCUCAAUGACGAGAAGGCCAAGCUGAAAGCCUUGCGGAAGGAAAACAACCGCAGGACCAACGCCAUCAAGAAGGAGAUCGACAAGCUGGCGGCCGCCGUCCAGUCUGCUGGCGGCAACGACGAGAAGCUAAGACAGAAAAUCACACAAAACAACAUACAGCAAAAGCAAGCAGAACAGUCCAUCCGGGAGCUCGAGGACGAACUUAAGGAGUUGUCAACGAUUCCGGAAGAGGUCAUCGGGCAGCACAAGGAGAAGCAGAGCGAGUGGAGCACGGAGAAGGCACAGUACGACGGUGCCCGUGCCUCGUUCAAGAGCUUCAAGAACGCCAUCGACCGGGAUAUCAAGACCCUCGAGGAGGAGCAGGCCACCCUGCAGGCGAAGCGCAACAAGAUCGCCGCCCGUAUCGCCAAGGCUGACAACGAGCACGCUCGCAUCACCGACGCGAAUACCCGUGGUCUCGACGAGGCUGAGCGCCGUCGCCAGGAGCGCGCGGCGCUGCAGGCCGACAUCACCAAGGCGGAGAAGAACUACCACGAGCGACUCGCCGCCCUGCAAGCCAGCAACAACGAGAAGGCCCAGAACGUGUCGGCCAUGGCUGCUACCAUGUCUGCCUACGUAAACAGCUUCCGGAGCGAUGUGCCGUACGACGACCGCCAGGCCCAGGACAGCAGCAGUUUCCCCGCCACGCAAACAUGGACAGGAGCCUCGCCUCCAUACCAAAGCAGCAGCGCGAUGUGGCCCACGUCGACUUCGGCUCCCGGCGCUGCUUCGAUGGUCUCGGGCGCCCCUCCGCCGGUGCUCGGCCCUUCGUUCCAGUUCACUAGCCAGCCGCCCAUGCGGCCGAAGACCCGGGGCCGCUCGUCGUCUAUGCUGAGCGACGUCUCGGGCUUCACGCAGUCGACCGACGACGACUUCCUCCCGAGCCACUUCCACACGCACAACAAGUCAGGAGGGCUGAAUGGCGGUGGCGGCGGCGUGGUCAGCGCCACGGCCAGCCCCUUCAUCCCGUCUGCGCACCUCGCGCAGUCGGCCAACAAUGCCUCCUCGGGACGCGUGCAGCCGUCGUUUGCCUUUACUCGGCCCCGAGAAGGGUCCGGGUCCGGCUCGGGCUACGGCUACGGGUCUGGUCUGGGUUCUGGUUCCGGCGGCGACGCUUCGGGCUCCGGCACGGGAACGGGUUCCGGCUCUGGCUCCGGCUCCGGCUCCGGCUCUGGUCGUAGUAGUGUCCACAGUGCCGACGGGAGCGCCGGGAGCAACAGGGACCCUAUGAGUCCCGUGUAA